GAAAUCGGCUGGAGCCACGCAGCCGUGCCGCAGUCAUGCUCCGCCCGCCCUACGAGUAACACUCGCACGGAACCAAUGUGCUCCCCCGUGACUCCGAGUGCGGUGAUACCGUGUGCUACUAAUGUGUGAGGAUGUCGCAGGCCGCGGGCGGCAAAAAGGGCGGCAAAGGCCCGCCAAAGAAGAACACCGAAGAAGACAAGAACGCACCUGCGAAGCCUGCAGAAGAGAAAGACGAAACGGCCUCGAACAAUGGAGAGAAGAAGGAAGUCAAAGAAGUCAAUGGAGCGGAGGUGGUCAAGCCGCCCAGUGCCGGUGUCAACAUUCGCGACGUGGCCGGGAAGAUCUUGACCUUGGCCCAAAAAGGAGAAUGGCCGGCCGUCGAGCAAACGCUCAAGGUCUUGGAGAAGCUGGUGGCUGCUGGGGGAGAAGAUGCCAUCAGUGUCCCUAUGGCGGGGAUACUUGAUCCCGCUACGGGUAUGACGCCGCUCAUGUACGCGGUCAAAGAUAACCGGACAUCGUUUGUGGAGCGCCUCAUCGAACUGGGUUCUGACGUUGGAGCCAGAAACAAUGACAACUACAAUGUGCUCCACAUCUCAGCCAUGUACUCGAGGGAAGAUAUUGUCAAGCUACUACUCUCGAAAAGGGGAGUCGAUCCUUUUGCCACCGGCGGGAGUCGACAGCAGACAGCAGUCCACAUAGUGGCGAGCAGACAAACAGGAACGGCCACGAGCAUACUUAGAGCACUCCUGACUGCCGCUGGAAAAGAUAUACGCCUACGAGCUGAUGGAAGAGGCAAGGUCCCGCUGCUGCUCGCGGUGGAGGCCGGGAACCAGAGCAUGGUCCGAGAGCUGCUAAGCGCACAAACGGCUGAACAACUGAAGGCGACGACGCCUGCCGGAGACACCGCUCUGCAUCUAGCUGCCAGAAGGAGGGACGUAGACAUGGCCAGAAUCUUAGUGGACUACGGAGCAGUAGUCGACGCUACGAAUGGCGCUGGACAAACACCUUUACAUAUAGCCGCAGCUGAAGGCGAUGAGCCUUUAGUAAAGUACUUCUAUGGAGUCAGGGCUAACGCUGCGAUUGCAGAUAAUGAGGAUCGAACUCCAAUGCAUUUAGCAGCGGAGAAUGGUCACGCCGCCAUCAUUGAACUACUGGCAGACAAGUUUAAGGCUUCGAUCUUCGAGAGGACCAAGGACGGCAGCACUUUGAUGCACAUUGCGUCACUCAAUGGCCACGCGGAUUGCGCCAUGAUGCUUUUCAAGAAAGGUGUCUACCUACACAUGCCCAACAAGGAUGGAGCGCGGAGUAUCCACACAGCGGCUCGUUAUGGCCAUGUCGGGAUCAUCAAUACGUUGUUGCAGAAAGGGGAAAGUGUUGACGUCACGACCAAUGACAACUACACAGCUCUCCAUAUUGCAGUUGAGUCGUGUAAGCCGGCAGUGGUAGAAACUCUUUUAGGGUACGGCGCAGACGUUCAUAUUCGAGGUGGAAAACAAAGAGAAACUCCUCUCCACAUAGCUGCUAGGAUACCUGAUGGAGACAAAUGCGCGCUGAUGUUGCUAAAGUCCGGGGCAGGCCCAAACAAGGCGACAGAAGAUGGCAUGACGCCUGUACAUGUCGCCGCCAAAUUUGGAAAUCUGGCAACGCUGGUCUUACUACUGGAAGACGGUGGAGACCCUUUGCGGAAAACUAAAACAGGAGAAACGCCUUUACAAAUGGCCUGUCGAAGCUGCAUGCCAGAUAUUGUGCGACACUUAAUAGAAUUCGUAAAAGACCACAAAGGAGAAAGCGUGUCUACGGCAUUUAUAGACGCAGUAGACGAGGAUGGAGCCAGCGCAUUGCAUUACGCUUGUAAAGUUACCAAAGAAGAAGUUAAAAUACCUACAGCAGAUAGACAGGUUGUCAAAUGCUUAAUAGAAAACGGCGCAGAUGUGUCUCUGCAAACAAGGCAUAACCACGAAACGGCUUUUCAUUAUUGCGCUAUUGCUGGUAAUAAUGACGUCAUGACUGAAAUGAUCGCGCAUAUCUCAACUGCGGACGUCAGCAGAGCGCUCAACAGACAAAAUUCAAUAGGAUGGACGCCUCUUCUAAUAGCCUGUCACAGAGGACAUAUGCAACUCGUAAAUACAUUAUUAACAAACCACGCUAGAGUUGACGUAUUCGACGUCGAAGGCAGAUCCGCCUUGCAUUUGGCAGCUGAGCACGGAUACCUACAAGUAUGUGACGCACUACUAACAAAUAAAGCUUUCAUAAAUUCAAAAGCACGAAACGGCAGAACGGCUCUUCAUUUGGCAGCAAUGAACGGAUACGCACAUCUAGUCAAGUUUCUUAUUAGAGACCACAACGCUAUGAUAGACGUUCUAACCUUGAAAAAGCAAACUCCACUACAUUUGGCAGCUGCUAGUGGUCAGAUAGAAGUAUGUAAGCUUCUAUUAGAACUUGGUGCGAAUAUUGAUGCGACCGAUGAGCUCGGACAAAAACCGAUACACGCAGCUGCACAAAAUAACUAUUCAGAAGUCGUUCAAUUGUUUUUACAACAGCACCCCAACUUGGUAAUGGCAACAACUAAAGAUGGAAACACGUGCGCUCAUAUUGCAGCCAUACAAGGCUCUGUUAAAGUGAUCGAGGAAUUAAUGAAGUUCGAUAGGACUGGAGUUAUUUCAGCUCGAAAUAAACUGAAUGAUUCAACGCCUUUGCAACUAGCAGCGGAAGGUGGUCAUGCAGAUGUUGUAAGGGUUCUUGUGAGAGCCGGAGCAUCGUGUACUGAUGAGAACAGAGCCGGCCUCACUGCUGUACACUUGGCAGCAGAGCAUGGACACACUAAUGUAUUGGAUGUUAUGAGAUCAACGAAUACUUUAAGGAUAUCUAGCAAAAAGUUGGGAUUGACUCCAUUACAUAUUGCAGCAUAUUAUGGACAAGCUGAAACUGUAAGAGAACUUCUAUCUCACGUACCCGGUACUGUGAAAUCUGAGGCUCCUACGGGAGUCUCAUUGGUCCCAGUAUUAGGAGCUGAAUCUGGUUUGACACCUCUCCAUUUGGCUGCAUAUAACGGUAACGAGAACGUGGUCCGGUUACUCCUCAACUCUGCCGGUGUCCAAGCGGAUGCAGCUAGUAACGAAAAUGGCUAUAAUCCAUUACAUCUAGCAUGUUUCGGAGGCCAUAUGUCCAUAGUAGGACUUCUACUAAGUAGAUCAGCAGAACUACUACACAGUACUGACAGGCACGGAAAAACUGGUUUACACAUUGCAUCAACACACGGACAUUAUCAAAUGGUUGAGGUCUUGUUGGGUCAAGGAGCAGAAAUAAACGCUACCGAUAAAAACGGAUGGACGCCAUUGCACUGUGCAGCAAAAGCUGGUCACUUGAACGUCGUGAAACUACUUUGUGAAUCCGGAGCAUCUCCAAAAAGUGAGACCAAUCUAAAUUGCGCCCCUAUAUGGUUCGCCGCUUCGGAAAACCACAACGACGUUCUUGAAUAUUUACUCCACAAAGAACACGAUACUCAGUCACUGAUGGACGACAAGAGGUUUGUCUACAACCUCAUGGUUUGCUCUAAGAACCACAAUAACAUUCCUAUAGAGGAAUUCGUUUUGGUAUCACCGGCGCCGGUCGACACGGCUGCCAAGUUAUCGAAUAUUUACAUCAAUUUAUCGACUAAGGAAAAGGAGCGUGCCAAAGACCUUAUAGCGGCAGGGAAACAAUGUGAGGCGAUGGCGACCGAACUGCUGGCUCUAGCGGCGGGGGCCGACUCUGCCGGACAUAUACUCACUGCCACGGAUAACCGAAACAUUGAAUUCUUGGAUGUUCUAAUAGAAAACGAACAAAAAGAAGUAAUUGCCCACACAGUUGUCCAGAGAUAUCUUCAGGAACUCUGGAGAGGGAGUCUCAAAUGGACCGGCAUCAAAAUUAUGUUCCUUUUUUUCGCAUUUAUAGUCUGUCCACCAGUUUGGAUGGUGUUCUCUCUUCCCUUAGGUCAUAGAUAUCAUAAGAUUCCAAUAAUUAAGUUCAUGUCGUAUUUAACAGCGCACAUAUAUUUGAUGGUAUUAUUAGCAUUGGUAGCAAUCACACCUAUUUAUAAUUCGAUAUUUAGGGAUAGUUUAAUACCGCGAUGGUAUGAGUGGAUGCUACUCAUAUCGUUGAGUGGUCUUUUAUUAUUAGAAUUAACGAAUCCUAGUGAUAAGUCAGGGUUAGGGUGGAUUAAAAUAGCAGUUUUGUUACUAGGUAUGAUCGGGGUGGCGACGCACGUGGUGGGCUGGAUAUUCAUCCAACCUAAAUAUUGGCCAACUUUAAUGUAUUGUAGGAAUCAGUGCUUUGCUCUAUCUUUUCUAUUAGCUUGUGUCCAAAUUUUGGACUUCUUAUCCUUCCAUCAUCUGUUCGGUCCAUGGGCGAUAAUUAUAGGAGAUCUCAUGAAAGAUUUGGGAAGAUUUUUAGCAGUUUUAGCGAUUUUUGUAUUUGGAUUCUCGAUGCAUAUAGUAGCAUUGAAUCAACCAUUCAGAAAUAUUAAUAAAAGCGAAGACAAUAAGUAUGCAAGCCAAGCCAGAAGAAAACUUUUCUCAGACGAAAAUCAGCGAAAUAAACGACAAGCAUUUGUUCCGCAAUGGAUCAAACCACUGUCCGGGGAAUCAUACAGAAGAAAGCAAGGCCCUGCUGGGCCGACGUUGACACCGAUCGAGGCGUUCGAGAAAUUGUUCUUCGCCCUUUUCGGCCAGAUCACGUUGUCGGACCUCAACUACAUAUCGAACUUGCGGCCCAGUUGGACCUCCAACCUGUUCAAGUUCGUGUUCGGUGCCUACUUGCUGAUGUCGGUCGUCGUCCUUAUAACGCUCCUCAUUGCGAUGAUGUCGGACACUUAUCAACGCAUACAGGCGCAAUCCGACAUCGAAUGGAAGUAUGGCUUGUCAAAGUUGAUAAGAAAUAUGCACAGAACGAAUACGGCUCCGUCGCCCCUCAACUUGGUCACGACGUGGCUUAUGUGGUUGAUUGCCAGAUGUCGAGAACGGCUUACCAAAAAGAAGCGGCCAAGCUUAGUACACAUGAUUGGCUUGCAGAGGCAAGAUCAGUUGAGUGCGAGAUCGAAAGCAGGUGCUAAGUGGCUAUCCAAAGUCAAGAGAGGACAAGUUGUGCCGAAAGACUCGACGAGACUAUCAGUAGUCCACUUAAGUCCUCUAGGUUCGCAGCUCAGUUUCAACAACGCAACGAGGAUAGAAAACGUAGUAGACUGGGAGAUUAUAGCGAAGAAGUAUAGAGCUCUGAUGAGGGAUGAGCCUGAGGAGUCCACAGCAAAGGAAAGCGAAACGGACUCAUCUGAUGAAGUAUCAGAAAUUAUCCCCAAUAACAUAGCCGCAGCUCCGCCUUGAAAUUACGGAAAACAGUUUUAGGGGUUUUAAAAGAAAUCAAAUAACUCUAAAGGUUAUUUGUGAGUUUUAAUUGAGAAGUUCUACAUGAAAAUUUUGUACCAAAGAAUUUUGAUUUCAAUACCUUGUCACUUUAGUGUUUUUGCAAAGAAUUUAGUGUUUGUAAAUUUUGUAUUUUGUUUCCAGUUCUUAAUAAAAUUGUAAGAUUUUUUAAGUAUUUUUAUAGGCAUAUCUGUACACUCGAAUUAUCUGUCUUUACGAGUAACUGCCAGGUCUGCCUUACUAGGUAAUAAAUAUAACUGAAAAAAUACGACGAAUUCUAAUAGAACGAAUUUUGUUGAUUGAAUUAAUUAUGGAGGACAGACAUUUUUAAUACAUUUUUAAUUCAGUUUUAACUUUUAUGUUCGAUCUCAAACAUAGUACAUAUAAUUUUUUCGCGAUUCUUCAUUCUUACCCAUUAAAUGAUGGCAACAUUGUGACGUCACUUUUCUAUUAUUACAAAGCAACUUGUAUGAACGCUCCUACACUUUUAGCUCUAUGGUCGGUCCUUCAGAAAGAUUCCAUAACUUAUUAAACACAUAUAGUCUAAAUUCAAUUCGAUGACAUGUUUUCAGAAACCACACACUUAGAAAAUUUAAUUUUAUUCAAAAAAUAUCACUUGGCAUCCACUUGAUUUUAUUUUUAUUGCAUUCAUAGGUAGUAGAGCGGUUGGCCCAACUGUUGUUAAUUGGUUACCGGAGCCCAUAGAUAUACUUAGUGAGUGUCAUCACUCAUCUUUGACAGGAGCUCGAAGUCCCAAUAUGUGGUAUAUUUAAAAAAAAAAUUAAUUUUAUUUACUAAAUAAUACACAA